ACUAAGUUAAGACAUCCAUAUCUUAGCCAAAAGACACAUAAUAAUGAGUUCUAGUCAAAUAUUCGUUUUUGUGACUUUGGUUUCAUUAUUGAUCACUUCCAAUGCUUUGCUCACUCCUCAUUUUUAUGAUAAAGUUUGCCCUCAGGCAUUACCAGUCAUAAAAUCAGUUGUUAAGCAAGCAAUUCUUAGGGAAAAACGCAUUGGAGCUUCACUCCUACGCCUGCAUUUCCAUGAUUGCUUCGUUAAUGGCUGUGAUGGAUCAGUUCUACUAGAUGACACUAAGAACUUCACAGGGGAGAAGACAGCUCUUCCAAAUAUUAAUUCAAUCAGAGGAUUUACAGUGGUUGAUGAAAUCAAAACAGCUGUUGAUAAAGCUUGUAAACGUUCUGUGGUUUCAUGUGCUGAUAUUUUAGCCAUUGCUGCUCGAGAUUCUGUGGCCAUAUUGGGAGGUCCACAACUUUUCUACAAUGUGUUAUUGGGAAGAAGAGAUGCAAGAACAGCAAGCAAAUCAGCUGCAAACACAAAUCUCCCUCCUCCAACAUUAAGCUUCUCCCAGCUUAUUUCCAAUUUCAAAUCACAUGGACUAGACCUAAAAGACCUUGUAGCACUUUCUGGUGGCCACACCAUUGGAUUUGCAAAGUGCAACACAUUUAGAAACCGAAUCUACAAUGAAACAAACAUCGAUCCAAGUUUCGCAGCAUCUUUAAGAAAGACAUGUCCUAGAAAAGGUGGAGAUGCCAAUUUAGCACCACUAGAUUCUACUCCUACAAGAGUUGACACAACAUAUUAUCGAGAUUUGAUAUACAAAAAGGGUCUUCUUCAUUCUGAUCAACAAUUGUUUGAAGGAAAAGGUAGAGAAAGUGACAAAUUGGUGCAGCUAUAUAGUCAAAGUCCUUUGGCUUUUGCUAGAGAUUUUAAGAGUUCUAUGAUCAAGAUGGGAAAUAUGAAGCCUCUUACCGGGACACAAGGUGAAAUCCGAAUCAAUUGCAGAAGGGUUAGAUGAAUUUGUGUUUUAAUUUGAUCUAUGUCGUUUGAAGAAUUUGUAUUAUAUUUUCUGUUAAGAAAUAUUGUCUUUGAUUUUAAAUAUAAACAAAAUGGUACAUGUAUAAAUACAUCUACUUUCUUUUGCUUAUAUUUAAAUAUGGAGACAAUGUUUUGAUUUCAAAAAUAAGAGUUAUGUGAUGCAAAUGUUGGAGUGACUUUGUAUUUAAUUUCUUGGUUCAAAUGAUAUGGACUUGUUAUGUGUAAAAGUUUGGAAGUUUGUUAAUAAAAAUAUGUUGAGGUCUUAUGUGAAAGUAUUAAUUUGU